CUCGGCUGCCUCAGAUUUCGCUCAGGUCUACCAAUCCCGCUCAGGCGACCUACAACUGCCGCCUCAUCUGCACCCGGGACCGGGAAUGUUGGCCGGCCCGACGACCGAUACGUCGAGCUCGCCGAAGACCCGGUCGAGAAUACCACUGGCGAGGGUUGUCAGGGCUCAAUUCGUGUUCGGCCCGACAAUGCCGCCAUCGCGAUCUGCUUCAUCUGCCUCACCUUUUGGCUCGGCUCCCUCGGUCUCUGGAUGGCAGCGUUUGCUCACGGCCUCCUCACUCCGGUCUGCCUGUAUGCUGCCUACAGUGUCUGGCGGACCCGGCUCGGUCGGACAAAUUGGGCGCCGACCGGCCGUAAAGAGGUCGCGGCUCCCCGGGGCGCUACGGCGCACAGUUUUGGAAUCACUGGAUUAAGUGAUUCUUCGAAACUUAGCUCUUCUUCAGACUAA